CGAACAGCAACUCGCGUGGAAUCUCGAUAGGAACGGUCGCCGUUUGUUCGACUGUUUUGCAUUCAGUUCAACAGGAACUGCUUGUAAGAAGCGACAGGGCGGAUGAGGCUUUCAGUGGCUAUCGUCAAACUGCAAGAAUUUGGCCACGAUCUCUGUCUGGGUUGUGCAUCCCGUCCUCGAAGCUUUGUAGGCAGUUCCCCGCGGACAACCCCAUUAUUAACUUGAGAAACAGCCACCAUGCCUAGAGAACCGCCCUUCGACCUCCUGAAAUUCGCGCGAAUGCGAAUUCUCUUGGUACCUGUCCACCCCAUCCGCCGCGAUACGUUCCGCAAAUAUGUAGAUAGUCUUUCGCAAUUCGAUGUCGUGUCCCUAAUGGAUUUGACACCACCCGACUCAAGCCGCUCCCAGUCAAAGUUUACAGAACAAAUGUAUCACCAUGAAGGUUAUUUACACAUAAAUUAUGUUACGAGUUAUAAUAAAGAGCAUCUACCAUUUGAGGAAUUUCAACUGUAUCGGCAAAUUGUCGGGGUGAUUGGAAUCAUGCAUUGUCAACAGGUUGACAGUAUAGGGGAGGGAUACAAGCGUUUUCAAAACAUCCUGUCACGGUACCCAUCAGUGCUUGCAUCGCGAUGCUUUGCGUUCGAGCCAACUGAACAGCAAGCUGACGAUACGAGAGGAUGCAUCAUGAUUCCCGAUGAUCCCAAAAAGCUGUCAUUUUAUCUAAUGACGCAGAUCAAUGACUUGGCCAAUGAGCUACUGGUCGCAUUUGGAAACUUGGCUGCCCAUUUUGACAAGCGCCCGAUGAUUAGUGGGCCGCUGAUGCCUUCCUCGAUUGCAUCAACUCCCAUUAGUGCACACGCGACAACACUCCCCGCGUCUCCCGCUUCAUUUACUCCGACUAUGCAAUCGCUCCCAUCAUCUGCAUCCAUCGUCCAAUCUCCAAGUGUAUCUGCGUCUCUUCCAUUGAGCGGAGUAUCUACUCCUAUACGUGAAGGAUCUGCCCCGCUUUUAUCCGCUCAAGAUUCAACUGCAUCAAUGCUGGGAUUGGGCAAUUUGUUUACGCCGGAUAAGACAAAGAAACGGACGCCUGCACGUGCCCAAAAGCUGAUUGCGGACUUAUUUUUAAUGGCUGGGAGGGUAGACCUGGCGAUCAGUAGUUAUUCCGCUGCGAUUGAGGCUAUGAAAGCUACUGGCGAUUAUCAAUGGCUGGCGGCUGCCAUGGAAGCGUACUAUUGCGCGCUGAUACUUUCUCUGUUGCCAAAGACAGGGCUAUGGCCAAAUACGGAAGAUAGCCCUUCCUCUGAAACCGCCUCCCCAACUGGAAGUACCGGCACUCUCGGGCGGCAACCUUUGCGAUCACCAACCUAUUCCAUCAUCUUCGCAGCAGCUCAAUCCCACCCGCAAUUCCGCAUGCUAAUCUGUGAUAUACCCGACCGAUACCGUGAAAUUGCUUCUUUAUACGAACGAUCGUUCCAACCUGGACAGCCCGGUUUCUAUCCACUGCUCCACAUACAUGCUUGCCUUGACAUGGCGAGGUACCUUGCUGCAAUGUGGGUCGCUAAAUUCAACGGCCCAGUAACGAAUGGAGCUGGUGUCAUGCUGGUGGUGUCAGAAAGCAAAGGUAUCGCGGAUAUUGCCUCCAACAUCGGUCUCUCUGGAUCUGGUGCUCGCGCUGCAAAUACAGCGGGCACUGCAACGACAGUCGGACCAGCUUUCGACAAGGAUCGCAUCAUCUUGAAUGGCGGUUUAGGAGCCUCAAAAGUGGACGUAUCGACGUGGGUAAUGAAAGCUUGGGCAUCUGGAGUAGAAUAUUUGACGCUGUCAGAUCAGAUUGGCUGUGUGACAAGCAUCGCAACGGCAUACGCUCAGAUAGGGUACAAGAAGAAGCAUGCAUUCUUUUUGAGGCAAACGGCUCUCCUCCUGUUAGCAACUUUAAAAGGGAACAGGAAAGCGAGGGUGUCGAUGUCGGAUGUAUCUGAAAUUGGCGGUGAACGUGGAAGGAGUGCACAAUUGACACAUACUAGAGGUCUUUUUGAAUGCAUGCGGAGAGUUUGCGAGACGUUUGGCGUAGGUGAUACAAGUGCAGUUGAGGGCAGAGAAACUGCUGACGGAACAACCAGUCUAGAAGAAGACGACAACGAAUGGUUAGACUUAUAUUUUGACGAAGAUGAUUUGGAUAUGGACGAACUGGACGCACAUGACAUCAUGUCAAAGAAAAUCCAAAUUUCUCGGUUGCGGUAUGGAUGGCCGGAAUUGCAGAUUGAUGUUUUGAAGGAGUGCAUGGAAAUAUCAGAGGCAGCGGAUAGUCACGUCACCUAUAUCACAUACGCUCUUCGCCUCCUGAACAGGCUCUAUAAACACCUUAGCGAGCAAGAGCAAGUUGAGCACUUAGAGGCGAUGCAUACCGCUGCUGCACGUAGCAAAGCCCUGGAAGUGGCCAUUGGGCCGAACAACAAUCCCUUGAAGUCGCCGUGCGCUUUGGUGAAAGGCGCCAGUAAAGUUCCGGUCUUGCGAAGGCUGCGAUUCGUGCGACAACUGGCUACUGGGAUUCCAUAUCCACACCCGCGGUCGUCACUUGACGGGACCUUGACUGCGGCAGCAAAGGCCGCGGAUCCAUUUUUAUAUAAUCCUUUUGCGGCCAAGACGAUUGCAGCCAAAGGGAACAAGGAUCUUGGACGGGAUGUUAUUUUGAUUGUGAAUGAGCCUGCCUACUUUGAUGUGACGUUGGCGAACCCAUUUUCUUUCGACUUGGAGGUUCAAAGCCUGCUUAUAAACACAACUGGUAUCCCGUUCAAACCCCGCCCAAUUUCAAUUGUCAUUCCUGCGGAAUCCCGAUCGUUCACUGUCCGGCUUUCCGGAAUCCCGCUUGCACCAGGAACACUUCUGAUCAAAGGGUGUACUGUUCGAUUAUUUGCUGGAGCUGUGGAGGAGGAUAUUGCGCCCUUACAGCGGCUGCUGGAUGAUCCACGACAGAAAACCAAAGAUGGGAGACGGAAACGGCAGGAUGAGCGGGAGCGUUUUGGGAAGAAGAGGAUUGAGUUCGCGGAGAAGAGAAAAGAGGCUGGCACUGUGGGACCUAAGGUUGAAAGAGAGGUGCCAGAGUGGUCUUUGCCGAUUAAAGUCAUUCCCGAGCAGCCCUUGGUUCAAGUUGUGCGAGACAGCCUUUUGUCUACCGGACCAAUGAUGCUCUUUGAAGGGGAGAGAACCACUUUUCCUAUUCAUUUGGUGAAUAAGGGCACAACUCCAGUGGAUUUUCUAACUAUCGGUUUCGCUGAAUCGUACCUUCCUGAAGCGGCCGGUGCAGAACCUAUAGACGGAGCCGCGGAGGAACCGGAAGAUGUGUACGAGCGCGACGUUCAUGAUCGCAGUAUACGGGUCUUUUGGUUGGAGAAGGAGAUUGGAGAGAGGAUUCCCAUUGCUAAGGUGGCAGAUACAGGAGUGGAGAGAAUUCCGGUCGCGUUAGCUCCAGGAGAACAGGUUACUAUUGUUAUUGGAGCGUUCGGAAAGAAGUGGAGUACUGGUGGAACCAUCAAACUAGAUUAUGGGCACGUGGGCUCAUCAAAAACGCCUUCCAAAAACCAACCAAUAGAAGAUGCCCAGUCCAGUCCGACAGAAGGCAUCCAAACGCCCACUUCACCACCAGAUGACCACUUUUAUACCCGUCAGAUACUUAUCCCUAUCCUGAUGACUGUUCAACCCGCCCUCCAACCGCUCAACAUGGAUAUCCUCCUGCUGAGCGAUGCAUCUUCAUCUUCCUCUAUUCUCAUGAGUGCUACACCGAACGGCGCCAUGAUCAAUGGGACACAAAGAAAUUUAUCAAUGGAAGAGAUGACACUGGAUGCAGAGUUGGCUUUACUACAGCAGGAAGGGCUCCCUGAGGAGGAUCGGAAACGUGACCAUUGCUUGUUCACCUUUGAUUUGAGGAAUGUGUGGAGGAGUCCCUUUGAAGUUGUCUUUGAGGUUUUUGAUGGUGCUGAGGACAUAACUCCUAGCCAUUCUACUAAAACUAUCGUUCAUGCUGGAAUGACCAAACGCAUUCUCCUUCCCAUCAAGCGCAUUCAUCUUCCAUCGGCGACUACAACGCUCCCUAUCCCCCAGCCAGAUUGGAAACAAUUCGUAGUUGGUAAAACCCGCAGACUUUCACCUUCAGAAGACCGAGAACGUCGCACGCUGUUCUGGUAUCGUGAAGCACUUGUUGGUGGGGUAACACCCCUCCAACAUUCCCAACAGCCGAGCAUGGCACGAGGACGGAUUGUGGCCACUUGGUAUUAUUCACAAGCUCGAGUGGGGAGCUUGUCAUUGCGCGGAUUACGAUUAAGACGAGGAUUGUUGAGCGUGUUGAAAAGGGAGGAAGUGAGGAUCGAAGUGAAGGUUGUGCCCUUCACUGACUACAAAGGCGGUCAGGCAGAGGUGACAGGUGACGCCGAUCAUGUUUUGGCGGUGAAGAAGAUGAAGAAAGGAAGCUUUCAAAUUGGCCUGUGGGAAACAGCGGUCAUUGAAUGGAGCGUGUGGAAUUUGAAAGACCGACCCUUUCAACCCCUCCUCCGAAUUCUCCCUCACCCUGACCCGCCACCGACAUCUCUUCCUAUAACCAUCCACACUCCAACCGAUGACCGAUCCGUUACAUUUCAUAGCGUACCGAAUAUACAAUUCGGUGGCCCAUUGCAAACCCCACUCUCUCCACUUGCCCCGUCCGAAAAAACAACCUAUGCUUUGCCCGUGGUACCAACCGGCCAAGGGCGUAUAAGGAUAUUAUGGCAUUUAGAGGACAUCACUAGCAUAACACCAACCAAGGCGUCUCGAGGCACUGUGUGGGAAGAGGAUACAUAUUGGGGGGGUGAUGGGAUCCUGUUGGAUAUCGUCGACAAGGUCGAGCGAUGAUUGUGUAAAUGUAGAUGAUGAAGAAUGUAUAUGAUGAAACCACCAAUUCAGAGCACAGGGCGGACGCUAGUAGAAUGCCCUUUAUCAUUGACGCUUCACAAUUGACGCGUAGUUUCAC